AUGACUAUCCUUUCUAGGCACAAUCGAGCAUCUUUUGAAACAACCAAGCGUGUUCUUGCAGAAAUCGUCAACGAAGGUCUAGUUCAUGCAAAGCUUGAGAUCACUACGUCCGAAGAGCCACAGAUACUAUGCCUACUCAGUACACUCAAUCCCGAGGGUGAAGGCUUGGUCAAGGUGGCAAUCAAACCCGGCAAUACCAUUGAAAUGAGAGAUGAUCGCGUGGUGUCUGUUGUACGCCCAGACAGCUUACAGCCACCGGUGAUUCUCGCAGAUACCAAUCAUGAAGAAUUGGACCCAGGGACACUAUUCAAAGUCCUCAGUACUUCAUUCGGAGACGUCGCCAGCGGGACAGUACGAUGA